GCACUUAGGGGAGGGGCGUGGCACGCGCCUUGGAGCACCCUCCCGGUCGGUUCAAACGACCUCGAGACCUGGCGGGUUGGUGGAGAGCAGAAGGGAGGGAGGGAAGGUAGGAGCCUGGGCCUACCUCUCGACCCCAAGCCUCCCAGCUCCAUGGUCCCCGCCGCCUGCAUGCUGCUCUGGGCCCUGCUGCUUAGUCUGGGGUCCCGGGCGGCGGGGGCCCAAGACCAGACGUCAAACCCGACUGCCACCCCAACGACCACUGGGACGCCGCGGAUCAGCUUACGCUUUGGGGGCCCAGCCCGCAGCCUCCGGAGCACAAGCAGCACCGGCCGGAACAGUGUAUCCCGGAAGAGGAAGGUAACUCUGGAGGAUGAGAAUGACGCCCUAGCCACUGCUGACCGCCUGGCCGCCCCGGCAGCCGCUGAGCUCCUGUCCACUGUGACAGGCAUUAGCCGGUCGUCAUUGCCCAUCUCCUAUGAGGAUGGCUCCUUGGAAGAGGGGGUCGUGAUUGAUGCCAGAAAAACCACCUACCCUGGAACUCUGUAUUCGACCCCCAGUACUAUGGGAAGUAUUAGCACCACCGGUAGGUUUUUAGCUAACACCCAGGAGCGAGACAUUAGGGUGACCACCGAUAUACCAACCCUCACUUCAAAACCUACUGAGGACCUGACUUCCGAGACCACCCUGCACCAGUGGUCGCCGACACCUGGGUCCACCCCAACCCCGUGGCCAUCACCCUCACCCACAGCCAUGCCAUCUCCCGAGGAUCUACGGGUGGUGCUGAUGCCUUGGGGCCCAUGGCACUGCCACUGUAAGUCGGGUACCAUGAGCAGGAGUCGCGCUGGGAAGCUGCAUGGCCUUUCUGGGCGCCUUCGCGUCGGGGCACUGAGCGAACUCCGCACAGAGCACCGGCCUUGCACCUACCAGCAAUGCCCUUGCAACAAGCUGCGGGAGGAGUGCCCUCUGGACUCGAGUCUGUGUCCUGACAAUGGCUGCAGCUCGCACACCACCUCGGUCAGCACCACCUCUACUCAGGUCCCUGUGCACCUGAGACGCAGACCCAUCCUCCCGUCCACUAGCCCGAGCCCGAGCCCAGCUCUUGCCUUUUGGAAACGUGUCAGGAUCGGCCUAGAGGAUAUCUGGAAUAGCCUUUCUUCAGUGUUCACAGAGAUGCAACCAAUAGAAAGAACCCAGAGGUAAUGACCACGUCACCUUCAAGAGGAGAUAUCUGCAUUGUAACCUUCCUUUUCAACCCCAGCACCCACUACGUAUUUUUAAUACAGGAAAAAAAAACCCAUAAAAAUA